AUGGCUGAUGCGCUCGAGCCAGACAGCCAAACCCCGGGAGCCAACUUGUCCAGCCUUCAGCAUCCCGCCUGGAACUUAAACCUUUCUUUGCCCUCCCGUUGGGCUUUGCCCGGACAGCCUGCGCAGACCAUCGGGGCGGGCGUGAUCAUGCUGCUGGCGCUGGUGGGCAACUGCCUGUUGUUGUAUCGGCUCCGCUGCGGAGGGUGCUGCUGCGGAGGUCGGUUCAGGAGGCGGCGGAAGAUGGAUUUCCUCCUGGCGCACUUGGCCAUCGCCGAUCUCUACGGCUGCGGGCUGGUGUUGCUCUCCCAGCUGCCUCCAGCAGAGGACGAGCGCGUUGCAGAGCCGGGAGACGCGGGGUGGGCGGCCGGAGACGCCACCUGCCGCUUGCUCCGCUUUCUUCAAGGCUCGGGGCUGCUGGCGCCGUCGCACAUGCUGGUUCUUAUCGCGCUCGAGCGACAGCGCUUAGCCACGGGCCCUCCGCCCCCGCAGGACUCGCUGCCGCCUUUCGUGCUCGCCCGGAGCGCCCUAGCCGCGCUGGGCUGGCUCUUGGCGUUGCUGCUUGCCCUGCCUCAACUCUUCGUUUACAGGCUGGCCCCGUCGCAAGCCGGAAGCCGCUGCCUCAGUAUCUUCCCUCAUCUGCCCCGAUGGCACGGACAGGUCUACGCCGUAUACGAAGCCAUCACGGGCUUCGUAGCUCCCGCCUGCCUCUUGGUCAGGACAUGCAGCCGCAUCGUCGCCACCCUCGGCGCUUCUGGAUCCGAGGAGGAGGAGCCGUCGCACGAGGGUCCCGGCGGCAACGCCGGACCCUGUCGCCUUGAGCUGCCUGGCGCCGCCGGCCCCAGCCCGCCGCUACUUCUGCGGCUUCUGCCGAUCUCCAAGUGCGCGUCCCGCUCGCCGUCGGCGCCCCGAAGCCUGCCCCGCGCCCGAGUUAGGGCGCUGCAGCUGACUUUGGCGCUCGCCGCGCUUUUCGCGCUCUGCGGUUUCCCGCGUUUUAUUUUGGAGCUGGGCUUCGCUUUUGCCUCUCCCGAGGUCGCCACCCACGAAGCCCGGACGACCCUGAGCAGCAUGAUGGCAGCCACCAACAGCGCCGUCAAUCCCUACGUCUGCCUCUUGUUCCACAGUUACCGGCCCUGGGCGCGGCGGCUCCAGCGCAGCCUUUGCCGGUGCCCCGAUGGACAACCCAGACGGCAAGCUCGCCCCCGGCAGCGACUCUCUCCACGGGCGGCCGCGGAUCGUGCUGAACUUUGGCUCUGCCCUUGCCAAACGAAGACGCCUGCCAUCGCAACAGCCAGCCAGCUAGAGAAGGAGGAGAGCCGGGUUGUUGGGGAGAGCAGAUUCUAAGACCGAGAGCCGACUUUGAAGAAGGCUGCAUUAGAAUCCACAUAGAGAAGGUCAAAAGAAGGAGAAAGGACCUUUGGACAAUUAGGAUGGCCUUAAAUCUGUUUGGGCUUUUAAUACAAUGUGCUCCACCAAGUUAAGAGUAAAAUAGAAGAUUCCAGCUGCUUGCUUGCCUGCAGGUCACGUGUUCAAAGGCUUUUCUCCCUGAAGAAAGGAAAAGACACUCUGCACUUGCUCAAGAGCCCACUUUGAGCUGGGUAGUUCUUUCCAAUUUCCUAUUCAGUUAUAGGAAUUUAAGUCCAUAUAAAACUACAUUACCAUUGCAAAUGAAUUUUAUUUUUACUGAUCUGGCUCUUAUCAUAAGUGCUGAUGUGGAAUAUCAGAAUAUCUCAACUGGAUGUCUUCAGGCUGUCUUGAGGUUUUGUUCAUUUUACUCUAUUGUCAAUGUUCAAAGCAACUUCCAGUAAUUUGCAUCCAAAAUCUGUUGGAUACAACAAGUUUCUGUUUAUACACAACGGAGUGUAACACAUGAUGUAAGCUGUUUA